AUGCUGAGAGGAGUCGCUCACGGCGCAAAAGACACGUUCACUCUUCUGUUGACAAGAUCUCAGCGCUGUAAUCCAGGACUGAAUUUUUCACCAGGAUGCCCUGAAGCAGCAAACAGAAGCUUUCUAAUACAUUCCACUUACACAACUGACUCCAAGUCAGGAGAGGAAAACACCAAAACCAUUGAGAGUCUCUACAGCUUGUCAGUUGACAUUAGGAAGAUUCGCGGGCUGAAGGAGUGGGUCCUGCUCCAGGAUGUGGCCUAUGUUAAAGAAAUUGCUGGUAUCCUCCGAGAAAUGGGAGCAGAUGAGAGCACUGUAGCCAACAUUCUAGAACGUUGCCCAGAGGCAAUUCUCCGCACCCCUGCAGAGGUGAACUCUCAAAGAGCUCUGUGGCAAUUAGUAUGCCAGAACGAAAACCAGCUGAUUAAGUUAAUAGAGCAAUUUCCAGAGUCUUUUUUUACUACUAAAUAUCACCAGAACCAGAAGGCAAACAUAGUGUUUUUUCAAGAGCUAGGACUUAAGAAUAAUAUAAUCACGAGAUUCUUGACAAGUGCACCCAAUAUUUUCUAUAACCCUGUUGCGAAAAACAAAGAUGUAAUAGAGACAUUGCAAAGAAGUUAUUUAAAUUUAGGAGGUUCUGAAGCAAAUAUGAAGAUCUGGAUACUGAAGCUAUUGAGCCAAAACCCAUUUAUUUUAUUAAACACCUCUACCAUCAUUGAGGAGAACCUGGAAUUUCUCCAGAAGAAUUAUUUCACUGACCAUGAAGUUCUUCAGCUGCUGGCCAAACUUAAAGGCUUCAUUUUUCAACUUAAUUCUGCUGCUAUGCAGGAGAGUAUGCUUUUUUCCAAGAAAGUCUUUAAGUGCAGUGAUCAAGAACUAAAACAGCUCGUGCUGAAAUGCCCAGCCCUUCUCUACUAUUCUGUGCCAGUUUUGGAAGAGAGGCUUGAAGGCCUACUGAAGGAAGGAAUUUCUGUAGCACAGAUCAGAGAGACACCAAUGGUGCUGGAGUUGACAACACAAAUUGUUCAGUACCGAAUUAAAAAGCUCUCUGCAUUGGGAUACGAUAUAAGGAAUGGAAAUCUAGAAAGUCUGAGUGGUACUAAGAAAGAUUUUGAAGUCAGUUAUGGUAAGAUACAAGCAAAGAAGGAGAGACCAAUUUUUAAUCCUGUUGCUCCUAUACACAUUGAAGACUAA